GCUUCCUCCCGGCGGGGCGGGGCGGGGCGGGGCGGAGCGCGCUGGAGCCCGCCCGGGAGGUCUGAGCCCUCAGCGCCGAGCCGCGACGAGGAGGAGGAGAUUACUUCUAUCUAUUUAGAAACAAAGAAGGCACUACAAAUCUCUUCCUGACAAUAUUUUGCAAAGUUCUUCAUGUAUUUAACAUGGCAUCAAGACUUGUUCAAAAAAUGGCUUUAAAAGAUGGAAAAGCUCAAUGUAAAAUGAUGCUUGUGGUCCUGGACAGCCCCAUGGGAAGAAUUGAAAUAUCUGGGUGUGAAACAGGUAUACAUGAAUUAAGUCUUCAGAAAGAUGCGGUGCCUCCAAAUGGCACUAAGGAGGCCUCAGUUACUUGUGAGCUAUGUGAAGGCCCAGAGGAAAUGACAGAACCACUGAAACAGUGCACAGCCUGGCUUUCGGCCUACUUCUGUGAGCCCCGGAUAACAGAGAAACUUCCUAUACCUUCCUUUCACCAUCCAGUUUUUGAGCAAGCUUCAUUCACCAGGCAAGUGUUGUGGACCCUGUUGAGAGAUGUGAAAUUCGGAGAGACAGUUUCUUACAAGCAAUUAGCAGACCUGGCAGGCAACAGCAAAGCAGCAAGAGCAGUGGGAGGAGCAAUGAGAAGCAAUCCUGAGCAGACGUGGGGGCGGAGAGCCUCUCAGUGAACAGGGAGAAAGGAAGCAUUUUCUGAAAAGAGGUCGUGAUAUGCUCUCAGCCCAGUCUACUUGACAGAACUACUGUAUAAUAGCAGGGCACUUACCUCAAAUCAUAGGUUGUGAAAACUGACAUAUCCAUUCAAAUUACUCAAAUAGCCAACUGUUCUCUUGUGCAACUUCUUAUGUAAGUGACACAGUGACAGUGAUCCAGAAUCUAACUUGCUGUUGUCUUAUUCCAACUGGAAUUAUGAAAGUUUGUGACAUGUGUUAGGUAUAGCAGGAGAAUGACUGUUGGUUGCAAUGUGUGCUUUGUGUAUGUGCAUGAUUAGUCAAAGUUAAGGUCCGUCUCCCCAAGCCUGGUAUGUUUUGUCAGCUCAGUAUUACUGUGUGGCUAUUAUGAAUCCCGUUCCACCUAUCCUGCUGCUGCUGCUGCUUUUGUGUUAUUUGAAUAAGAAAAUAGUCUUACACCAAAGUGUUCUUGGCUUCUUUAGUUGCAAAGCCACUGAUUUUCCUUCUCAUCUUAACUAUUCUAUUCCGAGCAUUGGAGAGCUGAGUGACUAACAUUUUUCUUGCUUUAAGUACAUAAUUCUACACCCUGGGAUGCCCUGUGUGUGCACCUCUUCCAGAAACAGACUCCUUUGUAUGUUUUUUGAAAGAAAGUAUUUUCAUAUAGAAAUGUAUAAGGAAACUAAUGAGCCUUAUGGUCCAAAACUUUUCGAGUUGUAUGUAAUUUUCAUCCUGCUCUGGCUUCUGAAUUUCAUUGUUCAGUAUUUUAGGUGAGAUUCUAUGCUUCAACCAUUGUUUCAUCUUUCCAGUCUUGGGCUGUCAGGAGCUGAAGGGCGUCUAGCAUAACUUAGGCUGUAUCUCCACCGCAGUAAAAAAUGUGAGUAUAGCAAGUGUAAUGUACCCAAGCUAGCUUUAAUCCAGUUAGUGUAGGCAGCAGUGAUAAUGAAGUUGCAGUAGCACAAGCUUCAUAGCACAUUAGCCACCAGAGUAAGCACUAGGGGACCUGAGCUAAGUUAUACAGAUUCACUGCUAUGGGUACUGUACCUAAUGAAGUUAAGCUUGGCCAGGUAUGGCUACUUGCACCGGAGUCACUCCUCCAGACAUAGCAUUAGCCAUCCCUGGGAGCCAAUCUAAGCUAUAGCAGCCUUACCUAGCCUGGUGGGCUGCAAUGUUGUCCAGAAUCACUUCAGGGCUGCAUAUUUUAUCCCUGUACCCAACCCACCCAUGUAUCAUGAUUUGCAUAUGGGCAGGGAGGAUGCUGGGGAGUUGGCCUUAUAGCUAAUGAUUACCAUGCCUGUGCCAGGGGAUUCUUCCUAUGCCACAGUCAAGGUGUUUAGUAGGGCUUUUUUAUUCUGUUGCUGUUAUCUUCUCCAUGCUGUAAAGAGUCGAUAAGAGAGGAAGUCUCUCAGUCUUUAGAUUUCUAUUCAAAAGGAUAUAGAAUUGAGCACAAAAUUGGGUCUGAACUUCCUUGAGCUUCAAAGAAUUUUCAGUCUGGAUCCAAAUAUUGAAGCUUAGAUCUGUCUCCCUUCAUAACUCUUUUUUAACAAGAUAACCAAAAAAUAAAUCACUGAAUUAUUAAGGAAAACUUAAUAAUUAAGUCAUGUUUAUCUACAUUUCUUCAAGAAAAACUAGGCCAAGGUAUUCUAUCACAGUCAAAAGAAUAAUUAACCUCAAGCAAAUUUAUUACCUCCUUGGACAGUGGUUGUAAUCAUGUUUUGCAGAAAAGCUUUCAUAAGGAGAAAAAUAUUCUUGCUAAAUGUCUGUAGUGAUCUUCAUUGCCUGGACACAGUGGCCAAUAAAAUAAAAUCUAUUGACUGAUGAGUCUGA